AUGGCUCCGGCCGGGGCGAGUUCGUCGCCUCCUCCUGGAGGCGGGAGAGAGAAGGCGCCUCCCGCCUCUUCUCUGUCUCGGUCUGAGCAGCUGGUCUUUGACGUCAAGGCCGCCGCUGCCUGGACGCUGCUGCACGAAGAAUUUAUUUCCCAUCUUCGGCGCUUCUCCGAUGACCUCCGCGCCCUGCACACAAAGGGCCUGGCCAUCGCCUCCGAGGUCUCCUCUGUCUCCUCGCCCCAGAAGGGCGAUUCGGCCCUCGUCGCUCGACCCGAGGGUCUGAGCGCUGCGCUUUCCCGCUCGUUGUCUUCUUUCCUCUCUCUCUGCCUCGCCGAAGCGAAUCAAGCAGAUAGGCUCGCCACGCGUCUAAAGGCGGAAGUGACCACGCCCGUCGAGGCGGUUCUCGAGAAGACGCAGGACGAGAAGUCGGAGAAGGAGAACGAACCGGCUCAGAGAGAGGCCUCGCCUGCACAGCGAAACGCAGGAGAUGGAAAGACUCCCGCACUCGCUGAUGGCGGGGCCGCAAGCGCCGAGGUGCAAAAAGCUGCAAAGAAACUGCAACUUGCCCACGAAGAACUGAAAAAAUCGGAGGAGAGCCUGAAGGAGCUCGUGAGCCUCUUUGGCUCUUCGGUGGCGCCGCGCCUGCUGCAGAAAGCCGAGGAACGCGUGGACCGCGCGAAACGGCUGCAUGCAACGGCGGAAGCCGACUACCGGAACGUCGUGCGUACGCAUGCCCCCCCCGGCGCCCAGGGACGUGAAGAAAAGCCGGAUGCCCUCCUGGUGCCUCGAAAGCGACAGGAUCCCUGCUCCUGGCUAACUUCGCUUGUCCACGCUCGUCCCGCCGACGCCUUGGGAGGCUUCGUCGUCGCCGCAGCCUCUGGCGACAAGCAAGCGCUCGUUUUCUCUUCUUCUCUAGGCACUGCAGCUGUUGUCGCGCUCCGUGCCUCAGCCACGUGUUUUCUGGACUGCACGCGAGAUUGCCUUCUCGGCCGCCUGCCGUUCGUCAAGCAGGCGGACGAAGCUUCGCGUGAGAUCGCUGUCCUGGCAAAGUUGAAGAGACAGCCCUCGGAAAUCUCGCAACCUCUUCUUUCCGUCGAGGUCGAGAACCGCAUGCGACGAGACGUUGGCUUGGCGCCUCUUGAAGACGGAACAGAAUCGAACGGCGAGAUAGAAGCGGAUGAGGCAGGUCGCUUGACACUGAAGAAUCUCCUGAAGGAGAGAGAGACGGAGUUAGAAAGUGAGAAGGAGCAGCGGCGCGCGUUGCAGCGAGAGCGAGACGCGCUCCAGGAGACGUCACAUGCACUCCGCAUUCGCGAGGCCUCGCGAGCGAACGAAGCUGAGCACCUGAAGAAGGAGGUGGAGAGGCUGCGCUCGCUGCUGGACCUCGAGACAGGGCGGAGAGUGGAGGGCGAUAGAUGGCGCGAAAGAGAGGAGGAAAAGCGGAGGAAAGUAGACCCCCAGGCUUGCCUGGAAGCUCGCGAAGUCGCUUCGAGGCAGGGGGGGGGCGGAGGGGAGCCGUGGAGGAAGGCGAUAGAUGAGGAGCUCGGCUGUGGCGAGGAAGAGGCCCGGACUCCGGCCUCAGUCGCACAGUCCAGGCAUCCACGGCUCCCCGAAGACUCGACGUCGCCGCAACGCUUCUCAUCGGAAACGGGACACGAGCGAGGCGAGACAUGCGCGGGAGCGACUUCUCGUCCUGUGUCCGGCAUUUCUUCUCUCACUUCCCUCAACCAAGACCCGUCCCCACUGCCCCGGGCAGAGAUCGAACAAUCAGGUUCCCGCAAACACGCGCAGAGCACCGAGGACACGCGGGGUGUGGAGGCCUUGGAGUCUCAGCUCGGAUGGCUCAGAUCUCAACUUUUGUACGAAACCUAUCUUUUGUCUCUUCGACGGCUUCCGUCGCCCCUUCUGCUCUACCACUGCUCUUCGGGCGCGCUUCUCGCUCGGGCCCUCGACUCGGGGCAGUUCGCGCGGGGCUUCUCUGCCGGCCGUCUCCAGUCGGAGACAGCGGUGUCUCCCCUGUCUCCGCCUGGCCCGCGGCCCCGCGCCGUCGAGUUGCCGGCUCUUCCCGCGCGAGACGGCCCCACAGGCGCGAGACCUCGCUUCUCGCCGGGGUCGUGGGCGCGCUCUGUCUCCUUUUCGUCUUUCUCCACGCGUCCAGCUUCCACGUCCUCUACCUUCGCCCCGGAACUUGCCGACGCGCGACUCUCCCUUGCCUGGGAACACCGGAGCUUCCCGAAUUUCCUCGCUUUGCUCGUCGAGGGCCUCGCGGCCUCUGCGCUGCCGCCGGCGCUGUACGAGUGCUGCAGACUCUCGGCGCUGUCCGUGCUCGAGGCCGACGGAAGACGCGGGAGGGUCCUGGGGGGACGAGACGGCCGGGCCGAGCCGGCGCAGCGCGUCUCGAUUUUUCAGGUGCAGCAGGCGCGGGAGACGCACCAGCGCCGCGCAGGCCGCGUCAAGAGCCGCACGGCCUUUGCGGAGGAAGACCUCCAGAUGCUCGCCUACGAGCUCCUCCUCCUCUGCGCCCAUCAGCACAGCCAGUACGCCGCCUUCGCUUCCCUCGUCGCCGAGACGGACGGCGAGAGCGAGGGCGACGGCGAGAGGAGAGGCAAGGACCGGUCCCCGCGCGCGGGCACGGCCUCGAGCACUGGGAAGCGCGGCGCUUCUGCGGAGGCGAAACCUGCAGAGAAGUCGCCAGGCGAGGGCCGCACCCUCCUCGCGAGGAGACGGACGGGCCAGGGCGCGGGGGAAAGAGCGCCUCUGUCUUGUGAGGACUCACGAAGGACCACGGCGGGCGACGGGGCGAGUUCGCAGAGGCGACUCAGCGCGCGCUCCACGCGCAGGAGCGUCUUCCUCUUGCCUUUCUCGCGGGGUACCUCGGAAGUGCAGUCGCGUCAGGCGUCGCCCGCGGGGGAGACGUCCCCGGGCCGAGAGGGCCGUGGAGAGGCGAGAGGAGCGAGGCGAGGAAGCGACGCAGACCAGAGAGAGGAGGUCUCGGGCUCUCAGCAGCAGGCUUCCCAGCUUCGGUGCGGCCGACAGCUGGAGAACGCAAAAACCGCGGGGGCCGUGGCGACCUCUCGGAGACACCUGUCUCCUGAAGGCCUCGCGCCAUUUGGUAUCUCCGUUGAGGCGUGGCUGCGGCAGACAGGCGUCUCGCCUGGCGCCUGCGAGGGCGUCGUCGGCCUGCGGAGCGGGGCGUCUGCUCGCGACCGCAAAAGGCUUGAAGGCGGUGAAGAGGGCCGAGCCGGAGCGACAGCCAGAGAGACAAGAAACGCCCGGUCGAGGCCGCUUCUUCAAGGUCGCCAGAAGGAGGCGCUGACCACUUGGUUGGCGCCUGAUCCGCCGCUGCUCCUUGCGAAUGUGAAGUUGCUGCGCCAGCUUUUGGUGCUCGCGCGAGUCGCCUUCCAGAUUCCAAGCAGCGGCAGCAACAAACUCUUGCGGCUCCUCGUCCCCGCGGCAGACUGUCUCUGGGCCCCGGGAAACCGGACGAGUUUGCAUCCCUGCGACCUCCGCUUUCGCGUCGCUCGACUCAGCGAGGCUUGGCAGCUGGCGUCGGCGCCUGCGUCGGCUGCUUCGACCGUCUCUCCGCAGGAAGUCGAGAGGCGCACGUUGCGGAGCCGCGACGAGGAGACGUCGCUGACGUUCGUUCAUCCCCGGAAGAAGAAGAGAGACCAGCUGCUGCGGUUUGGGGCAAAACUCCCGUUUGCGCAGAGACAUGGGGGACCAGGGGGCGAGGAGGCCCCAGCGCCUGCAGACUCGCGCCGCGUGACGUUCCUGUCCCCUGGAGCGCCGGAGACAAACGGAGACAGUCGCAGCGUGGCCUCGCACUCGUCCUGGCCCUCUGCGCCUGAGGGCUCCGGCAGAGGCAGCGGCGACGGCGCGUCUCUAGGAGGCAGGCAUCUCAGCAGAGAGAAGGAAGAGAAGACAGGGAAGAAGGAAGAUAAGACAGGGAAGAAGGACGAGAAGAAGGGGAAGAAGGACGAGAAGAAGGGGAAGAAGGACGAGAAGAAAGAAGAACCCCGGACAGGGAUGAAGACCGCACUGAAACGCUUCAACGCACAGGCGACAAAGAGUGUUCUGGGCGGGGUUGGUGGCCCGCCGGGGCAUUUGCUUAGGGGACCCCACAGCGAGAAGCCCGGAAGAGGCCCCGCGGAGACACACCGCGCGCAGGCGCAGGUUCGCCCUUGCCCACAUGAUUUGCCGCCGGUUGAAGGCGGCUUCACGCUGUUUGGCGAGCGGUCGCGAGGUGAGCGUGCAGAAGCGAGCGAGGGAGAGAAAGGCGUGAAAACGGGCGACGCAGGUUCGCAGCCUGGAGGCCACGAAUCGAAGAGUGGCCAAGGCGAGAGGGCGUCGGGCCAGGGCGCGGGCCGUGGAGACAGAUUUGCCGAGUUCCCGAGCGCGUUUUCGCCUUCGUCUUUCGCGUUCGAUCCCGUUUACAAGGCCUUCGUCAAGAGGCAGCUUCAGCUGCUCUACGUCGCCACUCUGCUCCGAUUCACGCGGUUCUUCCGCUUCUUCUUUGGGCCGGCCCUGGAGGCGACGCGACACUGCGGGGAGCCCCCACUGUCCCCCGACCUGUUCCGCCAUUCACCGUCUCCUUCGCUCUCGGCCUCGUCUCCGCCAUCGGGAGGCCAAGAGGGUGCGCGGUGGGGCGGACCGGCAGCGCAGCGAGCGCGGCCCCUACACCCCGCUGCCUCCGCGGCUUUCUUCUCUUCGAUUGCUCACAGUCUCCGGCAGAGAACGCGACAGGCGCGCUGCGGUGCCCGGGAGCCCGCGCCCCACGGACCCGACGGUCCGGGGGAGGCGGCCGACGAGGCCUUCUUCGGGGACGACGUCUUCUCUUCCUAUCGCCCGCCACCACUCUUCACCUCCCUGUACACGCGGGCGGAAGGCAGCGACGAGCGCUCGGCUCUGCUCUUCUUCAUCCUCUGUUUGCUUUGCCAGGACACCCCGCCAGAGGCGCCGUUCUGGACGUACGGCGAAGACGGCGAAGACGGAGGUCGCGGGCGACACUCGGGCGGAGCUUCCGAGCCUCCUGCUCGGCUGCGCGUCCCACUGGAAGAUCUCUCGGACGCGUUGGCCUCUGCAGCCUCUCUCGCGCUGCUCCCUCUCAGGCAACUGUCCACGUUUUACCACAUUUUCCUCUAUCUCCUGGAGCUGGAUCGGCUCCUGAGUCCCCCGGCCUCGCGAGGAGCCCCGCCGUGCGGCGCGUGGGGAGACCACUCAGUCGAGGUCGAGGUGUUGGAGAUCGACGUGCAAGUGCUGAGCGAGCGAGGCCGAGAAGAAAUGAAGCGAGAGGCGAGGGAGAGAGAGCGCCGCGGAGGCGAUUCGCUCCAGGAAGAAGACACUGUCUGGGAGAUGCGGUGCACACGCAGAAGCCGAAACGGCCCGGAAAUGCUCCAGAGACUUCUCUUCAUGAUGACUGCAUGCGCAGAUCUCGACUCGGCGAUUCGCAUUGCCCUCGCCAGACGGUGGGAGGCGAGACAGGGACCGGAGGCCCAGAGAGACGGGCGCGGAGGGGACGCCUGCGGAAACAGCCUGCAUGCAGACAGUGAAAAGAAGCUCUUCCUGGACCUGCCGCCAAGACGACCAGGUGGCGGCGAAACGAGCGACGGCACGAGCGUCGGUUUCUGUUCAGAUUCCGAGUGCAGCGCCGUUCUCGCCUCCGACGUCGAGAGAGACGGCGCGGGCUCCCAGUCCGCUGCGAAGUUCCGGCAGCGCACGCCGUCGCGUUUCUUCCGCCGCUCCAGAAGUGCUCGCGGGCUGUCCCUCGGAGGUACCUCCGCGCCUUCUGCGGAGUCCGAGUGUGAAGGCGGCGCUGUCCCCGCGGGGAGCAAAGAGGCGGAGGAGCUGAGGCGCGAGGACGGUCGCCCGCCGCUUCCCCACUCGUCCAGCGCGCGGUUUGCGCGGUCGCGGCAAAAAAGCACUGGCUCCCGACGCCUGCGCAGGGGCGAGGAGGCGCGGGGCGACCCGCCGGACUCGAGAGCCGUUUCCGACCUUCUCAGCCUGCCGCGAGAGCCGCUUCUCGCGGCGUUCUGGGCGCUGGAUGUUCCGCUCCUCCUCUCGUUGCUUCUGCUCCUCUCCAAGUGCUGCCUAGACAGACGAAACGCCUCGGGGCUCCACGUCGACGCACCCGUUCUGGCCCAGGGCCUCGUCCUCGUCUCGCAAGCUGCGCAGCUCGGCGUCGACCCCACAGCUAUCUCCGACCGCGAAGAGACAUGGAGACAGGGCCGCGGAGACUCCGCUGGCCUCUCGGCGGCGCGCGACUCGGGCGCCGAGGCGGGAGGCGAAGGGAAAGGGGUCGAUGUCGAUCCGCCCACGCUCUUCAGCUUGCGCGAGGCCGGGCGAGCUGGUGGGGGUCUCCUCCCGCUCUCGCUCCAGUCGGCUGCGCUUCUCCUCGCGGCCUGCGCCUGGCAAAACGCAGCGCCCUCCCUGCCAGAGGUCGACUGGUUCUACCGCGACAGCGGCGAGUGGAGACGCGCAGAAGCCGAGGGAGAGGUCGAGGGCAGUGAGCAGACGGACGGUGCGACGCGUCGCUCUGCCUCGCCGGGCCCACUUCCGGCACUGCAUGCGUCGCCCCGAUCGCCUGCCACGUCCCCCCUUCGCGGAGCGCCGACGCAAGGCGACCUCCGACCGGGAUCGAUUGGGCCCUCUGGGGCCGCGCCUUCUUCCGACGGUGUGGGAGGGGAGGCCGCAGACGGCGCGCCGACGUCUCCGGCGGGUGCGUCUCUGCAGAAGAAGGCCGAGAGUCUGGGGCUUGGGCGCGUGGGGUCUUUGGGCCUUCCUGAGAUUCGACAGGCCGAGCUGCUGGGCGAGCUGCGAGUGGCGAGGCGCGGACCAGGCAGCGCUGAUGGAUCUCGGGAUGGCGCGCCGCUCGUUCUGCAGGACGCCGUCGACGAGGCUUUCGCGCCCAUAGGCCAUGAGGUCGUGGAGGCUGUCUCCGAGAUUCUCUGCGCCUUUCCGAACUUCCUGAAGAAACCGUUCGUGGAAACUGAAGUCGAGCCGCCUGCGCUCGUCCUCGCGGGCUCGCGGAGCCGCCCUGGGACCCCGGCAGGGUCGCCCCAGCCGCUGGCUUUGGAGCCCGACGGUCCCGAAGGAGACGCGGACGGCGCGGGACGCGGGCCGGAUGCGGGCGAAGCGCCUCGGGGCCCGGCGGGUGGGGGCGGGCUGGCCGCCUCGAAGGUCGGAGAGAAAACCGGAGACUCGGAAGGCAAGCUGCUCAGACGCGGCUUCUCUCGGAAGAGCUUUUUUGGCUCGGCCCCGUCCAGCCUUCCGGGCCUUCGCGUGGUCCCUGCAGAAGGCGGAACGGGCGGGGCGGGAGCGGAGAAGAUCCGCCUCGAGUCGCCUCGGACGCAGCCGCUGGGCGGGACCGAAGGCGACCCUCAGAAGGCCGCUCGGAGCCGGUCGGUCUUGCUCCUGGCCCGGAACCGGCGCAAGUCCGGCGCGCCCUCGGGCGAUGGAGCCCAAGGAGCCGGUGCGGGAGCCCACUCGAGGCCCGACGCGGGAGAGCUGCGGGCUGGAGGGCGCAAGGCUUUGGAGACAGUCGCGACGGACGAGCCGGGCGACGACUGGGCCUUGCACAAGAAGAGGGCGCUCCGGCUCGUCGAGGAGACGCCUCUCAGUUGGUUCGCAGUUGUUUACGAGAAGCGAGGACAGAGCCAGAGCCAGUUCGUCACGCAGCUCGCCGCGGGAACAGGCGACGGGAUGCAUGCAGACCCACUCGUUCUCUCUAAAGAAGGAAGCGACGGACAGAAGGGGUGCCCAGGGGACGAGCAAAGCGGUGUGACGGCAGGAAGGACAUGUUUCUACUAUGAGGCAGCCGAACGGCGCAACUUUGUUCAAGUCUUGAAGGCGGCCGGCUGGUUCGGGGGGGACUGGUGGACUGUGGACGAGACGCAGCUCGGCGCCCGGAGGCGCGGAGACCCGUGGGGACAAGUUCUUCGGCGGUCGUCGUCCAGUCGCCGCUUUUUCUUUCUCUCCCCGGCGCUUCCGUCCCGCGUGGAGCUCCAGCAGGAAGAAGCCGCGGCGAGUCAGCUCUUGACGCUCUUUUUCCUUCUGCUCCUCCACGGCCAACUCCAGGACUACCGCCGCUUCUUCGAGCCGGCGCUUCUCGCACGCGUCCUGCACUUGUGGCGGAGCCUCAUCCUCCUGCUGCUCCAGCAAGUCGAGCAAUUCGCGCUCGCCUCCCAGGCUUCGCCCCGGGCCGCUCUCCCUGUCUCCUGUUUCUCGCCCCACGCGGCCGGCGCCGCGAGCUGCGCAGCCUUCAUGGUCCCCCCUGCGGCCCUCGCCCCGGCCGCGGCGGGCCCGACGCUGUGUCGCUCGGCCUCCGGAAAGGCGCUCGGCAAGUCCUCCGGUGUUGGCGGGUUGUCGUUUCAGGAAACGAGCCUCGACGUCCAGCCGUGUCUCUUGGAUUGGCGCCGCUUGGACGCCGAACAGCUUGCGCAGUGGCAGGCUGGGGUGGAGACACGGUUUGCGGUGAUGCUUCGGAUUUCGCGGGAACGCGGGAAAUCCUUCAUCGCUUUGCGAGGCGAGCGCACCGGGAAAGAAGAGGACUCGCCGCCGGGGCGGUCGACGCUCCGAGAGAGUUCGCGGCGCCGCGACCGCGAGGGCCGAGACCGCGACCACGGAGACGAGGGCCGAGACCCCACACCCCGCGGAGACGGCGAGGCCGAGGAGACUCAGGCCCCGUCGCCCCCGGCUCGGGGCAGGGGUCCGUCGGCGCGGCACUUUGCCUUCUUCUCGCCGCCCGCAGGGCUGCGUUCUCGAUUUCCGUUCUUCGCGCCAGGGGGAGGCGGCGCGGGCGACGCCCAGACGGCCGCGCCCGACGAGCUUCCAGGCGACUUGCUGCGUCAAGACGAGCACAGUCUCCGUCUCUCGCUGGUUCUCCGCGGGCCGUCGAUCCUCGAAGACACGUUGCGCUGCUUCGUCUACCAGUCGCUCGCGCGCUCGGCGAGUCGCGAGUUCCGCGGAGCGUUUGCGGCUCUCGAGGCCUACCGCGCGAACCAGCGCGGAGCCCGCGGGUACUCGGAGCGGGCGAAGGAGUGGAAACGCACGACCGACGCCGCAGUCCCUGCUGACCUGCUGCGGUUGUGCGAGCAGGAACAAGACGCUCUCCUGGACCACGUCGUUGCGAGUCUCCGCGCGUUUCUGUCGCACCUCCGCGCCGAGCUCCUCCUGUACGCCCCCGCCUUCGACGCACAGCUUCCUCUGCGAAACGAAUUCGCCUUCAUUCUCCUCUCCGCCGCACGCCUGCUGAUCGCGGCCUUGCUCGCCGAGGUUCUGCGCACCGCCGUCUGGGCAGGGACGGGCGGCGAGGUCGAACUCCUCCCCGCCAAGGGUGGUGCAGAACUCCUCGAGGUGACUUUAAGCCGCGUGACGGCGCUCGCGCCUCUCGCCGUCCCGCCGCUCCUGCCGCCGCUAGCGCCCGCCUUCCUCUCCUCGAUCUCGGUGCGUCUGAACUCCUUCUCGUCGACGCUCCUCUCCUUCCUGGAAAAAGACACCUUCGUCCCCGUGAACCCGCCGGAGAGCGGCUACAGCGAGAAGGCCGCCGACUGCUGGCAUGUGAUCUUCAACCUCGCGGCUGCGGUUUUGGAGAACCCGGCGCCGAUAGACUGGGUGCUGCCGCAUUUCCUCAAGUUUCUGCGUUCCUUCUUCGUCUCCUUUUCUUCCUUCUGCGCCCUGUCGCCCGCGGAGGCGGAGGAGACACCUUCCUCGGCCCUCCUUCUGCCUCUCCUCGCAGUCGAGCAGAGACAGCUGAAGAAUCUCCUGACUUUGCUGGAGCCCGAGGGCCGGAAAGCUCUGAAGGUUGAUGCGUCCUUGCAGUCCGCGGCGAUGCUUGCUCUGGCCUCCAUGGGCGAGGGCGGAGGCGACAAGAAGAAGAAAUCUCCUCUGACGUGGGCCAGCUUCGUGAAGAUGGGUCAGCGGAUGUGGGGCGAAGACGAACAGAAGCGGCUGCGUCGCGAGAAAGGCGCCCACUUAGCAGGGCCCUCAGGCGACUUGCUGGAACCCAGCCAGCGAGCGAUUCAGUCAGACGCAGGCGAAUCUGCAAAUGAGAGUGGGGCGCCGUGUGACGAGGGCCGUGGUCGGAAGGCGAGGAAGAAGAGUUUUUUCCAGGUUUUCGAGGGCUCCUGGAAGCCCGCGCGAACGUGCACAGAGAGCGACGUGGACGCAGAGACGCUGCCUCGCCUCGAGCGACCGAGGUCGCUGCCGCCGGCGCCCAGUCAGGGCGACGGUCGCGGAAAGGAGACUGCGCGGGGACGCAGGCCCUCGGCGUUCAAGGUGAAGCCGGAGCGCGAAGGACAAGCGCGGAGACUCGGACCCGACCUCGCCUUGCUUCUCCAGGGCGUGGAGGAGGCUGAGCGCAUGCAGCGGCGGCACUGCGACGCCCUCGCAGAGGCCGAGGCAGGCGGGGCCGAGGCCGGUCGCGGCGCGCGCGACAAGGAAGAGAAGGAAGAGCGAGAAGGACGGGACCAGAAGGAGGAGCGCGCCAAGACGAAGCGCCGCCAUUCAGGCGCCAGGGACGCGCCGGAGCAGGGCGCGAGUCAGGGAAAGGGCGUCUUGCGAUGGCUGGUCAAGCUCCAGAAUGUGGACAUGUUUGCGCAGCAACUCGCAAAGCUGAAGGAGAAGGUGCGGGCCGAACUGGAGAGGAGAGCCCGCGAACGCAACCCGAAGGAUGUCGAAAUCGUCGACGCACUCGCGGGGUUGGGCGAGCGCGCGAAGAGCGACAAGGGAGAAGAAGCCAGGAGGGAAGGACGGCAGGCGGAAAACCUGGGUGCGUUCGACCGCGAACAAGAGGCGCAAAUGCUCGAACUCGAGGACGUGCUCAGCCAACGCAUGGACGAGCUCCGCGGCCUCCUCCACAACACCGCCCUCAAAGUCUGCGAGACUGCAGCGGCGUAUAUUGUGUACUACGAACUCCAACGCGAUAUUUUCGACAGGCUGUAUGGAGAGGACGAUUUCGCUUCUUACACCCUCGAGAGGAUUGUCGCCGCGCUUCCCAACACCGUGGAGCUUUUCUUCGCGGCUGCUCCCAGAGACUACCAGGACGACGCAGCCGCCGCUUUCAUGCGGUGCCUCAUCCAGGCGUGGUGUCUGUUGGUAACGGAACUUGGAUACAGCGGCCACGUGUUCUCGGAAGAAGAAAUCGACAUCCUGGAGGCAGACCUCGACGCUGUUCGGCACUACAUGAAGGAGAACGAAAUUUCGCCCAUCUUCGAAAUCGCGUCGCCCUCUGGAGAGAAAGUAUCUCUGGACAUGUUAGAGAAAGUGGGAGACUUCUUCGUUAUGCUCGCCAGAGACGGCGCGUGCCUGGCCCGUGUCGAGCAGAAGGAAGGAGAGAGGAGGCGAGCAGCCGAGAGGGACGGGGCAGGAGCGCGGGAAAGAUCAAGGAGUUUCUUCCGCGGGCGAAGUAGCCGACGAGGCAGUUUGUCACCCACGGCGCAGGAGGGGCGGCGUUCGCGGGGGGGUUCGCCUGGGCUGUUUUCCUUCUCUGGUCGCGCGGAAGGCGAAAAGCGGGAGGUUCGUGGCGAUCUGGAAGCUGGCGGUGAGGGCGGGGUUUUCUUUCGAGCAGGCAGAACAAGCGAGGCAGGAGAAGACGGCAAGGCAGAGGAAAAGAAGAAGGGCGGCGCCAUGGGUUCCGUAGGAAAAUGGAUGAAGAAGAACCUCAUGGGAUCUGCGAACGCAGCCUCGAGGCCGGAGGCAGAGCGCACGAGAGACAUCUCUCAGUCGCGGGCUGCCCCGUCGGACUCCGGCGACGAGUAG